UUUUAAAAGAAUAUUUUCCCUUGGCAACUAUAUUUCUAUGAUGAAUAUACUUUAGAAAUGUAUCAUUGACUAUUCAUUUGAUGCCUCAGAUACUGUUAUGACGUUAGAAUAAUCCAUCAUAAUAUAACACCAUCACCACCACCACCACCAUCACUAGCAACAACAACAAUAAAUCGAUACCAUGUGAACCAAUCAAGAAUUAGGGCGUUGAUUCAAACACCAAUUAUGAUUUAUGUAACAUAAGUGAUUUAUAUGAUUUAUAAUACUGAUUAUUUAUAUUAUUAGUAGUAUUUUACACUGUAUUCAAUUACAGUAUACAAUGAGAAAUGCACCAAGGGAAAAAUCACGUAUCUGCUGUCAUCAAGUACAAAACAAGAAAUUUAAUGUUAUGAAAAAGCAAACAAUCAAAUCAAGAUUGAAAACUACUCGAACAGUACUUAAACAAAGUGGACAUCGACAAGUUUCGCCUCCAUCUACUAGUGUAAUAUCACAAAAUUCACAAUCAACGGGUCUAGUUUAUGAUGAACGUAUGCUUAAGCAUAAACAUGAGUGGUUUAUUGAAGAACAAGAAAGUCCACGUCGUAUUCAGCAAGCAUUUCAUCGUUGUGUAGAAGAAAAUUUAGUUUCACGAUGUAUACGAGUACCGGCUAUUCCUAUCAAUGAAGAUGAUUUAACUCUUGUACAUGAUAAAUGGUAUAUAGAGAAAAUCAAACAAUCAUGUCAUAUGUCCAAUCGUGAAUUAUAUUCAUUAUCCGGAGAAUAUGACGGAGUAUUCUUUAAUCGGUACACUUGGCUUUGUGCAACAUUAGCAGCUGGAAGUGUAAAACAUUUAACUGAAUUAAUUAUCACUAAUCAAUUAUCUAAUGGUUUAGCAUUAAUUCGUCCACCAGGUCAUCAUGCUAUGCGUUCAGAAGCUUGUGGUUAUUGUAUAUUUAAUAAUAUCGCUAUUACGGCUGCUAAGUUUCUUCAACCUAGUGAUGUAAACACAGUAACAAAGAAAUCAAUAAAUAAACAUAAUUUAACUUAUUUACAACGUAUAUUAAUUAUUGAUUGGGAUGUACAUCAUGGACAAGGGACACAAUAUGCGUUUUAUAAUGAUAAUCGUGUCCUUUAUAUUUCUAUUCAUCGUUAUGAGAAAGGAACAUUUUGGCCAAAUUUACGUGAAGCAAAUUAUGAUUUUAUUGGUGAAAACUUAGGCAAAGGUUAUAAUGUUAAUAUUCCAUUAGAAGAGACAGGUAUGACGGACUCCGACUAUCUCGCUAUAUUUUACCGUCUGAUUAUGCCUAUCGCUACAGAGUUUAAUCCUCAACUGAUACUGAUUUCUUGUGGGUUCGACGCAGCCAUUGGUUGUCCAGAGGGUAGAAUGUGGUUAACUCCAAUGGUAUUUAGUCAUUUUGUACACAAAUUAAAAUCUUUAGCUGGAGGCAAAGUUGUUGUCGUUCUUGAAGGUGGUUAUUUCGUAGAUAGUUUGGCUGAAGGAAUUGUUCAUGUUUUAAAAGCAUUACUUGGUGAUCCAUUAUCACCUAUACGAUUAAUCCAACCACCAUGUUCAAGUGUUAAAGAGACUAUUGAAUCAUGUAUAACUGUACUAAGUCCAUAUUGGAAAAGUCUUCUGAAUAGUUCUCAACCUGUACAAAUUGAGAGUUCGGAACAUUUAACAACAAUGACGUGGCCAAUAGUAAAGGUGAUAACGUGGCCUGAAACUAAUCCUCAAUUACCCAGAGUACUAACGAAUCAUAUUCAACACUUAAUAAAUAAUCACUUUCCAGCACCAUUAACAAUAUCGAAUGAAAUGAUUCAAAAGAUGACUUUGAUUUUAUUGUUAACAUCACAGGCAUCAGAGUUAUAUGAUUUACAAUAUGGGUCAACUAAUGUUAAUGAAAGAAGAAGCGGAAGAAGAAAACAACGGAAAAUUACGCUAGAAAGCUUAAUGUAUAAAUUAAAUGAUCAAUUUCAUAUACAUCUAUACAAUCAAUAUGAUGUACCUAUCAAACUUUAUUCCAAUUCAGUAAGUAACAAUUACAUAAGUAGUAUAUCUUUUUAUGUAUAA